UCCAGCGUCCUGGGGCGGGACUUCCGGCGGCGGCUGCGAGCGGCUUCCGGCCGCGCGCGAGGGUUGUCCGGCUGGCCUCCGGGACAUGAAGCCCCCUGAACCCCGAGAUUGGACUGCACUGUGACACUGCCACCAUGAGGGCGCUCCUCGGCACACUCUGGCUUGCUCUGACCUGCAGCUCUGUUCAUACUACUCUGUCAAAGUCAGAUGCCAAGAAGGCUGCCUCGAAGACGCUGCUGGAGAAGACCCAGUUUUCAGAGAAGCCAGUCCAAGACCGGGGUCUGGUGGUGACGGACCUUAGGGCUGAGGAUGUGGUUCUGGAGCAUCGAAGCUACUGCUCACCUAAGGCCCGGGAGAGGCACUUUGCUGGGGACGUCCUGGGCUACGUCACUCCAUGGAACAGCCAUGGCUAUGACAUUGCAAAGGUCUUCGGGGGCAAAUUCACGCAGAUCUCACCCGUGUGGCUGCAGCUCAAGCGGCGCGGCCGGGAGAUGUUCGAGGUCACAGGCCUGCACGACGUGGACCAAGGGUGGAUGCGGGCAGUCAGGAAGCAGGCCAAGGGCUUGCGUAUAGUGCCCCGACUCCUGUUUGAGGACUGGACUCACGAGGACUUCCGGAGUGUCUUGGACAGCGAGGAUGAGAUAGAGGAGCUCAGCAAGGCAGUCGUCCAGGUGGCCAAGAACCAGCACUUCGAUGGCUUCGUGGUGGAGGUCUGGAGCCAGCUGCUGAGCCAGAAGCACACGGGCCUCAUCCACAUGCUCACCCACCUGGCUGAGGCCUUGCGCCAGGCCCGGCUGCUGGCCAUCCUGGUCAUCCCACCGGCCGUCACUCCCGGGACUGACCAGCUGGGCGCGUUCACUCACAAGGAGUUCGAGCAGCUGGCCCCCCUGCUGGACGGCUUCAGCCUCAUGACCUAUGACUACCCCACGGCGCAGCAGCCUGGUCCCAAUGCACCAUUGUCCUGGGUUCGAGCCUGCGUCCAGGUCCUGGACCCCAAGUCCAAGUGGCGGAGCAAGAUCCUCCUGGGGCUCAACCUCUACGGCAUGGACUAUGCAGCCUCCAGGGAUGCCCGCGAGCCUGUCAUCGGAUCCAGGUACAUCCAGCUGCUGAAGGACCACAGGCCCCGGGUCGUGUGGGACAGCCAGGCUGCAGAGCACUUCUUCGAGUACAAGAAAAGCCGCGGAGGGAGGCACAUCGUCUUCUACCCGACUCUGAAGUCUUUGCAGGUGCGGCUGGAGCUGGCCCGGGAGCUGGGUGUCGGCGUGUCCAUGUGGGAGCUGGGCCAGGGCCUGGAUUACUUCUACGACCUGCUCUAGGCCAGCUCUGAGCCGUGUGAUAAGUGAAAUACAGACUUUUUUCUGCUCAGUU